GGCCCUUGUCACUUAUAGUUCAGUACGAACCUCAGAAUCGGAAACAAUGGUUUUGAAGUAGUAUUGUUAAUUAACAAAUCAAGAAUUUAUUUAUACUUAAAUAAGAAAUGGACAGCAUAAUAAUUCAUUAUUCAGAGUAUUCUUCAUUCCUAUUUCUAUAUAGUUUUAUUAUAUGGUAAUCCCUUAAUCGUUCAACUUAUAGUUAUUUAGGAGUCGUAUAUAUAAGUACAUAUAUUGUAAGUUAUCUCAGCAUUGAUAUCGUUUUCGUUUCUUGUAAAGGAAUUUAGAGUGUAAAUUGUAACCUUCUUGGGCUAUGAGUUUUUGUUAUUCGAGUAAUUAAAUUCGAGACAAUAGUUUGUUUCAUUUAUGAUUACUUUUUUCACGUUAUAUUACCAGAACGCUUAUUAAACUUUGAAAAACAAAAUGGAAACAAAAACUAAUCGGCAAGCUUUACAAAAUGAUGUUAAAUUGCUGCCACCAGAAGAGCGACUGAAACGUUGUUAUGAUAAUGGAAUAAAUUUUAAAUUUGAAUUGAACAAUUCAGUUUUAAGAUAUUAUCGAUCUGGAAAAGAAAUAAUUAGACAAGCUGAUGUAUACUUGAAUGAAGGAGAUCUUGAGAAAGGAUUUGUGUUGUACAUACGGUGCAUGACGAUAUUUAUAGAAAAAUUGAAAACUCACCCAGAAUACAAUAGCAUUCCACCUCUUGACAAGGAAUACAUCAAAAAUACUUUAAGAGUAAUAUUACCUAAGACUGAAGCUCUCAAAAAAAAGUUGCUGGAACAGUUUAAACAUGAGUAUGAAUUACAUAAACAGGAAAUUGAAGAACAGGAAAAAGUAGAAGCUGAAAGAUUAAAAUUGGAAGAGAAACAGAGAUUAAAGGAAGAAGAGGAAAUGAAAAAUCAAAUACUUGCGACUGCAUCAAAAACCAGUUCUAUAGGUAUUGCUGCUGCUCUGACAUCAGCAGAUGAAUUAAAAAGACAAGUUUUCGCUCCUAAUAAAACGUACAUCACAUCUCACAUAGAUGACCAAGCUCAAUCUUCUAAGGAUAGAAAAGUUCCAUCUGUUGAUCGGUCUACAAAACCAACUUCAUUAACUUCAAGUGAUAGGUUGAGAGACAUUAUCAUACCUAGUCGAUUGAUGCAAAACUUUUUAAAGUUAGCUUCUAGUAAUACCUCUAAUAAUAUUGAAACUUGUGGUAUAUUAGCAGGAAAAUUAGAAAGAAAUAGAUUGUUAGUAACUCAUUUUUUAAUACCAAAACAAACUGGAUCACCUGACUCAUGCAUUACCCAUAAUGAAAAAGAUAUUUUUGACUUCCAAGAUGAACAUAAUUUAAUAACUUUAGGAUGGAUUCAUACACAUCCUACUCAAACUGCUUUUUUAUCAAGUGUUGAUCUUCAUACUCAUUGUGCCUAUCAACUCAUGAUGGCUGAAGCAAUUGCUAUUGUCUGUGCUCCAAAAUAUGAUGAAACGGGAUUCUUUCAUUUAACACCUGAUUUUGGUUUGAAUUACAUAGCAAAUUGCAGAGAGAGUGGCUUUCAUCCUCACCCAAGUGAUUCUCCACUAUUUACAACAGCCAAGCAUUUCCGGUUGGAUUCUAGAGCGUCUAUCGAAGCAGUUGAUUUACGGAAAAAAUGAUACGGUACUACUGUUAAAGAAAUUUAACAACCUUUUCCGAUUUUAAAGUUUGUGAUAAAAUUACAUUUUUUAAUGAAAUUCAAUUAUUCCAAAAGCUAAAGAAUUCAAAUUAUAAGAAAAGAGAAAAGUGACUACCGUUAGCAUUGUUUCUAUAUAUUUAAUACAAAUCUGAAAUCAAAGCUCACGCUAUUUUUCUUUGUAAUAUAUUAGAUAAAUUACAGAAAUUUGGCAAAUAGUAUAUUUAAAGUACAAUAAUAAAUUUGAACACUUUAGUUUUCAUAUAGAUCGCUUCAAUCUUCAAAGGUAUUUAAAACGUGGUAGCUCAAAACAUAUAAAUAAAAAGAAAUUGAUAAAUAUUUUUAUUUGAGUAUAGAAUCGUAAAACGAAUAUUUCAACGCGUCAUAUAUGUAUUAUUUAUAAUAGAAGUAGAACAUUCUUCAACUAAUAUUCCAUUGAACAAAAUCACUGUAAUCAUUUUGUGUAGCUGUUUUUACAGAACUUUGUCGUGCCUUUGGAGUAAAUGAUCGUGUUCUUUGUUUGACAUUGUGUGACAGUGUAAAAACAGGAUGAAUAUUCCGAAUGCGAUGUUGCAUGAAAAUACGGUAAAUGUUAACAGUAAUGAAACGAAAAAUUUGAUGAGAGUCGAAAAAGAUGAUUAAUGUUCAGAAUUUUUUUUUGCUAGUCAAAUAAUAAUAUAGUGCAAUAUUCAAUUAAUAGCUAAUAUUGCGCACUGUGAAAACACAAAUAAUAUACAUUAAUCUUUUCUAUGGGCAGAAUUUUAUUGCAAUAGUGCUGCAGAAAUUAUGAAGAAUACUUUUGAAUUUCAAAAACGCGAGUUUUCUCAUUUUAUUUAUAAUAGGUUUUAUGUAUGCGAGCAAUAAUUAAAUAAUAAUUUUGAAUAAGAUAAUGAUGUAAUUGAGUUGAAAGAUUUUUAUUUAUAAGACUUUAUCUAGAUAUUAAUGUAAUUGUACAUACGGCGUUAGUAUUAACCUAUGAUUUAUUUUGAUAAAUUUACUGUAGAAAGUAUGUUGUAAUGUAAUUAGCACAAAAUUAUACUGAAUAUUGAUUUAGUCAUGAUUUGAUUGACGAGUCAAAAUGAAGAUAAUUUGUUAAGCAAAUCACAUUUGCUGAUAUUUUUUCACCGCAUAGUUGAAAACGAAGCGAAUAAAGAUACACACGAUACACGCAGUCAGAGAGGUAGACAUUGUGUAAUGGCUUGCUAUGAUCACUUUUAUAUUACUACAUUAGUUUGUUAAUAAAACGUGAUUUUAGUUAAUAA